AUGAAAACACUGAUGGACGGACCAAUGCAUUUUUAUCACCUUGUGUAUAUGAGCAUUCUGUCUACAGCUGGUUGCAGCUUGCCUGAAACAUUUCUGAAAGGGCCACCUUACAACCUACAAAUGAAAUCUCACAAUUUCCAGCACAUUUUAUCCUGGCAGGCAAAAAGUGCCCCAGCUGUGCCAACAUACUAUCGCGUGCUGUACACUGACCUCAGGAACUUGAGGACUGCUAAACAAUGUUCAAAUAUUACGCAACUCUCCUGUGAUCUGACUGAUGAUUUUACAGACAUUUCUCAAGUGUAUUAUACACUGGUUCAGAGCGUCAUUGGAACUGAAGUAUUCAAUUCUUCUAUGCUUCGUUUUAUGCCACUUACUCACACAUUUCUGGGACCACCAGAAGUUACUAUCAGUUCCUGUCUAAACUGCAUAAAUGUUACCAUAAAGCUGCCAGCCUCUCACUCCAGAAAAAAUGGAAAGCUACUGAGUUUAAUUGAUAUAUAUAAAGAGCUUGAUUAUGAUAUAACUCUGAAAACACUUGAUGGAGAACACAAGAGGUCACGUGAGAAAACCACUGAAGCAAAUUUUCAUACUGUCAUUGAAGAGUUGUAUCCAAAUAGAAAUUACUGUGUGUCUGUUAUGAUCGCUGCAUCUCUAAACAAACAUUCCAUCCCAUCAGUCUGGAAAUGUGUAACUUUGUUUUCUCUUUCACUUGCAGAUUAUCAUACAGCUGUAAUCAUAGGUGCUGUAUGUUUCUCACUGGUGUUAGCUGGUGCCCUGAAGUGUGUACAUGCAGCAGGAUAUAUUCUUCCCAAACAAUCACUUCCAUGUAGCUUGGUAUUCGGGAGGACAUUAGGCUAUUCACCUUGGAUCUCUGAACCUGAAAAAAUAUCCUCUGUAGAGACAAUUUACAAAGAGAUGAAAAAAAAGACAACUGAGUCUAGUGGUGGUGUCAGCGAUGAAGAUGACAGCGAUGCCAGUGACAGCGAUGCUGCAAGUAACCAUGACUACACAAGGCGUGAUACCGUGAGCCGAGUACCUCCUUCCUCCAACGUGCCAAAUGGAUUUGUGCCAUACUCUACAACCAGUAUAUAUGAUGACACCAGCAGCCAGGCAAGUGAAAAUCCAGACUCUGACCCAGAAGGUUUUGAAGAGCGUGGGAUGGAUAUUGAAAAAGACAAAGACACAAGUAGUGAGUUGUUUAAUCCUUUCUCUGAGGCAAAUUGUGACUAUUCUCCUAGACGAAGGAACAGUGCUUGCCUUACCAUUAACUUAAAAACUGUGCUGUUGGGAGCCUCUGAAGAGAACCUGGAUAGUUCUGCACCUCUUCUUUCUUCCCAGGAAGAUGCAGCUGACUGGAAGUGUACUCAUGGUUUUGAAGCAAAACCCCUGGAUGACACAGGAAGUGUGCAGAAACCUCUCUGUCAUAAUGGCUCUCAUGAAUGGCAAAAUUCCUCUUCUGAUGAAAGUGACUUGUCAGAUUCAGAUACGAACCCAAAAACUGAAUACAUAAGAAGAUGA